GCCGGGGGGCUGGCGGCGCUCCUCCUAGCAAAGCUGCGCAGUUUGCUGAUGGUUUCUCUUCUUUCGCUGCUCAGGGGUGCGCCGUUUUAAGCUGACUCACAGCCCCAAGUAGGUCCAGCGCAGGUACGAGCUGUCUUCCUGCACACAGAGCACGAGCAGAGGAAGUCAAAGACGGUCACACAAGCCAACAUGAAGGUGGAGAUACUUCCAGCGCUCACUGACAACUACAUGUACCUCCUCAUUGACGAGGAAACGAAGGAGGCUGCAAUAGUGGACCCUGUGCAGCCCCAGAAGGUUUUGGAUGCAGUCAAAAAGCAUGGCGUGAAGCUGACCAGUGUCCUGACCACACACCAUCACUGGGAUCAUGCUGGAGGAAAUGAGAAGCUUGUAAAGCUGGAGACAGGAUUGCGUGUGUAUGGGGGAGACAGCAGAGUUGGAGCAUUGACACAGAAAGUGUCUCACCUUACGUCACUCAAGGUGGGAUCUCUUAAUGUGAAAUGCCUCUGUACGCCGUGUCACACUUCUGGACACAUCUGUUAUUAUGUGACUAAGCCAAAUAGCUCCGAGCCACCUGCAGUUUUUACAGGUGACACGCUGUUCGUGGCUGGCUGUGGGAAAUUCUUCGAGGGAACCCCUGAGGAAAUGUACAGAGCACUGAUUGAGAUCUUGGGCAGCUUAGAUCCUGAAACGAGAGUUUACUGUGGUCAUGAAUACACUAUCAACAACCUCAAAUUUGCUCGACACGUUGAACCCAACAAUGUCAGCAUCCAGGAAAAGCUUGCUUGGGCCAAGGCCAAAUAUGACAGUGGAGAGCCAACCAUACCCUCCACCAUUGCAGAAGAGUUUACGUACAACCCCUUCAUGCGAGUGAGGGAGAAGACAGUUCAGGAGCACGCUGGGGAGACCGACCCCAUCCGCACCAUGGGGGCCAUCAGGAAAGAGAAGGACAACUUCCGUGUCCCAAAGGACUGAGCACUCUGCCUGUGUCACUUUAUGGCCAUCUAAUAGUAACUUAGACUGUUCAGAUGUUUCAGAAAUCUGUCGUGGUUCAGACAGUCCUAUUUAGGUUUCUAGUUUGUUUUAAUUAAGAAAAAAAAAAAAAAAAAGCACUUUGCCCUUGUUGAGAUAUUCUACAGCAUAUUUAUAUUAUGAUGAAGAAUAUUUAUCCCUCUGCUGGCUCUCAAGCUGUCACACGUGUCACAUGCAGCUCAUUUUACAGGUGUUGGUACUCGGCUCAGGGCUGGAGUGGGGGUGGCACGGACCUUGAGACCUAGGAACAAAUCCCUGCUGUUGCUGUGGGCACCUGAUGGGAAUGCAGAGUGUGGCACUGGGGCUGUUUGAAGCGACCAUUUAAAACAGGAAUAAAAUGCAGUAACUGCCGACUGAAAUUAAAACUUUCCUUCCAUGCUGCUGCUUAUUCAAAGUGCUGCUUCUGGCUGCGUUAAACCUCUUCCCAGUGGCGUAAAGCUGCGGUAACUUUUCCAUGCAGAGAUUGCACUGUUGCUUCUGCCCUUUCUCUGUUAGCUGAAGCCUGCUUGCGUGCUCCUGAGGGUGAGCUGCACUUGUAGCUGUACGCAGAAAGGAAGGAGGGAUUUGUCUGCUGGGAGGUUCCUGUGGGAGCAGCUGCAGUGUGCUGCUGUGGUUAAUGCUUAACCUGCAGUGCUGUACUGAGCUCAUUACCACCUGCAUUCCACGCUGUGACCCUGGUCUAAAGUGGCAGUGUGUGAGCAGGGUUUGGUGGAGCACCACUUCUUUAUUUGUUUAAAAAAAAAUAAUGAUUUUUAAAUGUUUUUCAGGAAGAAAAAAAAAAAAAAGGUACCUAAAAUGUUACUGACUUCUUAAAUUCUGUGCUGCUACAACUAAGCAUGACUGUACUGGUGGCUGAGGAAAUAAACACAGCUGUGAACAGUG